GCCCAGCAGUGAACGCGGACGUGUCCUCGCCACAACAACAACAAGAGAAGAUGUCGUCGCCCAACUUACCUCCGUGUCCUCCUCAGCUGAAGACCGUCCAGCAUUAUCUCAAGAUUGCUAAUGACUAUGACAAGAGGGAGCCCGUCGUUGCGUAUUGGGUUCGACUCUAUGCACUGCAGACAUCACUCAAAUUGGACCGCAAGUCACCAGAAGCCCGUGCUCUGCUGACUGCCCUUAUGGAUUAUUUAGAAACCUUCAAGAAGACCCAUGCUGAUAAUGAAGCUGUAACGAGUGAUGUUGCAGGCCAAGCUCUUGUAGAAAAUGUUGUUCAUAGGCUCUUCUCAUGGGCAGAUAAUGAAGAUCGCAAUGAAAGGUUCAAUAAGUAAGUUUCCCAGUCACUCUCCUAUACAUUUUCAGAUGAUGAAGGCUUAGGAGAAGACGUGGGCGGGGACGAAGCACAAGGGGCCGUGGGUCAUAGUGGAGGUGCAGACUUGGGCUGGUCCCACCCGCCUCAGCCAGGAAUGUCUCUACCCUCUGUGCCGAAUAGCGCAUCAGCAGGAGGUCUGCCAGAUGUGUCCUCUUCAACUCCACCUCCAUCAGUUCCGUCAGUGCCACAUUCUGUACCUCAGAUGCCUCGAGUCCAGCCAACACCAGAUGCAGGGAACAUCCCCCACAUGCCAGUGACACAGACGUCAAGUACAGGUGUUAAAUUGAGUCCAUCUGACAUGAAUAAAGCCCAGAAAUAUUGCAAGUGGGCGGUCUCUGCACUCGACUAUGAUGAUUCAAAAACUGCAAUAGAUAAUCUCCAGAAAGCAAUAAAUCUGCUCAAAACAGGAAAGGACAGUUGAGACAAGAGACAAACCUCUCUAUCUCGUAGUAAUGUCAUUUAUUAUUUCUGCAAUGAGAAUAUUAAGCCUCUUGUAUGGAAGUAUAUGAAAUUUAUGUUCUAUAGCUGUAAUCAGAAUUUCUAUAUAUAUCAGUGUGUGAGUGUGUGCGUAUGUGCGUGAAUGCAUGUUUGUUUGUUUGUUUGCACAUGUGCAUCCAUGCUUACAUGCGUGCAAGCUUUUCUGUGUUUAUGAGCGAUUAUGUAUGUGUGUAUGGGUGUUAGUUUGUGUUUAUGUGUGUGUGGAUGUAUCUAUAUGCCUGUUUGUAUAUGUAUAAGCAAAUAUAAAUUUAUAGAUACAUAUACCUACGCACACAUACAUUCUUGGUGAUGCAUUGUAAAUGAAAAGCUUUAACUUUUUUGUUUGUGAAGGAAUAGAAAGGCUUACUGACAUAUUUUAAUUUCUGGACAAUGAUAAUCAGAUGCAGCCAGAGAGCACGGAUUUGAUAUAAUGAUUUUGAGCAAAUGCUUUCUUAUUCUGGUUGAAAGUUCCUGCAAAUUGGAAUUUUUCUUGUACGUAAUGCCAUCAGUUAGAUAUAAAAAUCGUAAAUCCUUUAGAUGCAAAUAAUUGCUUCACAGAGUUGUGCGUAUAUAUUUCAGCAAAUUAACCCCCAGAUUUGUAUGAUAUAUCAUUUUCUCCUUUCCUGGUGUAUGAUAAGUGAAGGUGCAAGCAUUAAACACAAUUCGCAAAAUAGGUUUACUGAAAGAUGAGUUUAACAAGUUUGAAAUCAACCUUGACAACAUCAAGUCAAAAUAUGAAGGUUGAGAGAUUUCCAAGUUGUUCUCUUCUUUGUGGAGAGUGUUUUUUUGCCAUUUUGUUGAUACUAAGGUAUUUUGUUAUUCAUAACUCUGUAGUUUAUUUUCCAGCGAUUAAGAAAUUUUGUAAUCAUUUAUACAAAAAAAAAUAUUAUUAAGUUGGACAAAUUGUGCAAGAGAUUUUGAACAAUGUUUACGGUCAUGGUGUUAUUGUGUUAAUGAUGAUAUUAAUUUCAUGAUUUUUUUUUCCUCAUCUGAGCAUUGUUAUACCUGGUAAUAGAAAGGCCCAUGCAUUUAAUUUCAAUGUAUAUUUCCAUAUUUCUGGUAAUGAUAUAUGACAGAUCCAGCUGUGGCCUUUAUUUUACCAGUGAUCUCUCCUGAAUCAGUUAUAUAUUGUACAGAAAUUUGAUUUGGGUUCAUUUGUUCAUUUAUAGUUAGUUAAUGUUUUAUGUAUGAUUCCCAUCCACUGUACAAUAUAUCAGAUUGUCACAACUCUGCUACAAUAUAUACUGUCUUCACAUCACAAAGGAAUAUUAUUAUCCUUACUUAUUUGUUGUACAGUACAGCAUUCUAACAAGAAAAUAAAACUUGUUUUUUUGUGACGAGAGAAAAAGGGUAUUUAUAACUACAUGCCAUACCAUUAUAUAUAUUUUUUACAGAAAAAGAUGGACUGGUAAAAGCUUAUAAUUUAGAAUAAAUUUGUAUUUUACUUUUUCACAUAAUUACUGUUCUACACUUAUCCUUAGUGUAUCAUUUUGUAAGGUUUGAGAUACAUGUUUACCAACCACA